AUGGCACCUUCACACUCGUUUCUUCUUUUCUUGUCACUCGUUUUGAGCCCAUUCGUUCAGGCCGCCCCUUGGAUUGUGACUGAUACCUACGAACAAGAGGUUAAUACAGAUUACUACUCCGAGUUGGUCACCGAGAUCAAUCAAAUCUCUCCAACUGCAACUUUACCAGUCGAGGCCCUGUCAACCAUUACUUCCACCAAUACCAACUACGACUAUACCGUUGUCGAAAAGCUGUAUCCCACUGGCUAUGGCGAGGAGCGCGAUUUAUACGAUGGCUACCCCAACGCUAUCAAUAGUGAUAGGACCUAUCACAGCACCAUCUACAAGGUCAACCUGACUUUCUCGGCCCCGACAGCCUGCUCUACUCAAUGGACCACCACGACCGCUGCCACAGUCCGCCCUCCCUAUGGGAUCGCGACCUUGCUGCCCAGGGAUAAUGUAGUAACCUCAACCUCGGUCGACAACAGCCAGCCAUUCGAGCCCAUGACCUACAUCUACGAAGUGGUCUUCGUGGAACCCACCCAAAUCCCCAGCAAGACUCUGGACUCUUUGAGCCUCUACAACACCCCUACCUCUCGGUAUAUAGGUUCCGGAUGCCAGUACACAGGCGUCAGCAGUGAUUAUAACGGCAACUCUGGAUACUACACUGGCAUUUCGGACGGACCAGGAAGCACUCAGUACACCGAUGGAUCAUCCGACUCCGAUGGAACAUCCAGCAGUGGCAGUGGCUACUACGACUAUGGCUACGAUGACGACUACAACUGGUUCACCAGCACCUGGGGAUCCGGCCUCGGCAUCUCCUACCUGGCAAUUGUACUCAUCUGCGGAUUAGGCUGGAUCGGCAUAGUUUUCAUCCUGGGCAUGAUCGAAGCCUGGGUGCGAUUCCGUCGUCUCAUGACGGGCUGGCAGACCCGUCGUGGUUUCCCUCUUUUCUGGUCAUUCAUUUUGCUCCCUCUUUCUCUUUUCUGUCUGUUUUGUUUCCGCAAGGGCUACCGCGCUCGCAGCAAAGAGGAUGCCGAGAUCCUCCAGAAGAGGUGGGACUCAAUGGGUUUCUGGACCAAGAUGCGUCUCUUCUUCGCUUGGGGCUUCCGCUUCAAGUACCCGACUGUCUUGGGUCCGGCGCCUCCGUCUGUCAAGGCAAACAAAAGGCCUGUUGAGUCUGGUCCGCGCUUGUUGGAUGUUACUCCUCCCGGUACCAAUGCGCCUUCGCGGGUUGCAUCGACAGAAGGUGCUCCAGGUGCUGGUCAUGGCGAGGAAUCCGGUCCCGUUCGCUAUGCUUGA